AUGCUGAAGAAGCUCACUGCUGCGCUCGUAGUCCUGGGGCUUGCUGCUGCGGUCAACGCGGGCCCGGCGGCCUACGGGAUCUGCCAGACUGGCUGCAAUGUCCUUGCCGUGGCGUGUUAUGCUGCCACUGGGGCAGUCUUCGGUACAGCCAUACCGGCGAUCAUCAACUGCAACAAGGCUCUGGGCGUGUGCAUGGCUAGUUGCGUUGCGGCUGGCUUGAUACCGACGCCGUAG